UUUCUGCGGCUCUUCCGGGUAUCGGCUGCUGCUAAGGUCGCCUCCUUUUAUUUUCUUGCAGAACUUUCAAAAGUUUGUCAGCAUUUAAAUGAAAACAAUUUAAUAUUAAGACUAAGUUUACAAUACAAUAAGCAGUCAUUGAUGUAGCAGGAGGAAUUAGUUUUGCCUUGGCAUUCAUUAGGGAAUGAAUGAGCUGGUCUGAAAGUGAACUUUGCACUGUGUUUACUGUUGAUCCAACGCUGCUGCGGGACAGCUCCAGGAUUGAUACAUAGAGGACGACCAGGAUGUCGGCAGUUGUAAUAACAGAAGGUAGAGUGAAUGUGGGAAUGUGCAGCCAGCCGCUGUUUUAUCGCCAGGCUCUUCCCUCGGACAGAGAGGCAAAGCUUUGUGUUUUACUUCUGCACGGGAUCCGCUUUUCCUCCCAAAACUGGCUCACUAUCGGCACUCUCAACGCCCUGGCUGAGGCCGGAUACCGCGCCUUGGCUAUAGACCUCCCAGGCCUGGGUGAGUCAAAAGCUGCAGAAGCUCCUGCAGCAGUGGGUGAGCCGGCUCCUGCAGAGUUUCUGAAGCAAGUGUGCGAUGGCUUGAACACUGGGCCUGUAGUGGUGAUCAGCCCGUCUCUCAGUGGCAUGUAUUCGCUGCCCUUUCUCUUCCAGCACCCUGAGCGGUUGAAAGCUUAUAUUCCUGUAGCUCCAAUCUGCACGGACAAGUUCAAGGUUGAACAGUACAAGGCUGUGCAGGUCCCCACACUGAUCGUGUAUGGGGAUCAGGACACUCAAUUAGGGGAGGUGUCACUGAACAACCUAAAGAAUCUGCCCAAUCACAAGGUGGUGGUAAUGCAUGGGGCCGGGCAUCCGUGUUACCUUGACGACCCAGUGACUUGGCAUAAAGCUGUUCUUGAGUUUCUACACAGUCUCGUGUAAUCAAAAGCUCUUCAAGCCACACCAGUUUUUGAUGUAGGAUUACUACACAGCGAUUACAUUCGAUUUGCAUUAACGACAAUAAAGUAUGAUUUAUUUCAUCUCAAUGUAGUUUUCAACCGUUCCCACUUUGAUAGCUAGUUUUUCUUGUCUCCUUUCCAGCUGUCAAUAUCAGUUAAUUAACAAAUCCCGGUUAAAAGAACACGAUUUUACAUGUACAUUUAUUGCAUUCGGCAGACGCCCUUAUCCAGAGCGACUUACAACUGAGCAGGGGCGGGUUAAGGGCCUUGCUCAAGGGCCCAGCAGCGGCAGCUCGGUGAUGGUAUGAUUUUAACUUGUGACUUUCCGAAUCUAAAGUCCAAUGCCUUAACCACUGAGCAACCACCUCCCUAUUUGGCAGAGGGGAAAAGAAUUAAGUCAUCCUUUAACUUCCGUGAGGGGAAACUGGCAUUGUCAAUUAAAAUUGAAUUAAAAUAUAUUCAGAUUAUAAUACCUAUAUCACAAGAAAUAUAUUUCAUACUACUUAAUCUACUUUAAUAUUUUAAUUCAGGCUUUGCAUUAAAUAAAUAUAAAAAAGUGAAAUAUCAUUUCGCAUGAUUAAACGCUCAGCACAACAUCGUAAGAACGCAUGCAAAAUGAAAGAAAGAGAAGCACUACAUGUAAACUAAUGCAAGGUGAACGUUCGCGUACUGUGAUUGCGCGUGGAAAAAUAAACACAUCACACUGAGCUGAAGUGAAAAAUAUGAACAUUAUUUAAUAACUGAUUCUCUGUAAUAAACAAUUUGAAAAUAUUU